CAGACAACACAACACAACACAACAUCCACAGACCAGAAGGAGACAAAAGGGCAACAAGAGGAGAGGAGGAGGAGGUGGAGGAGGAGAUCGCUGUGCACUGAUGUCCACACAAUUAGCCUCUUACUGCACGGAAGUGAAUGGAGACAUGAUAAUGGUGCAUGAACAGGUGAAGGUGGAAGAAGAGGAGGAGGAGAGGAGCUGCUAUGGGCCGCACACUGCUUCCUUCCUCACCAGCACUCGCUCCGACAGGCAACACAACAAGUCGGCAACGGGGAGAGACAACCCUGACCUUGAGCGAUCUGCCACCGGGAAACCAGCUCAGGCCUUAUCGACUCCGGCUGAGGAUCGCUUGCCGGUAAACAAUAAACUCACCAUCACCCUCAGCAACCUGGAGAGGAUGGAUUUCAGUAAGAACAUCACCGAGGUGAUGCCAAACAUCGAGAAGUUAUUGUCCAACGACUGGAAAGACAAACUGCUGGAGAAAUGUUCACUGAACACCAAAGACAUCAAAGGAACAGCGGAGAGCCUGGCCGAGAAGGAGCUGCAGCUUCUGGUGAUGAUAAACCAGCUCUCCAGCCUGCGGGAACAGCUGCUCACAGCCCACGCCGAGCAGAAGAACAUGGCGGCCAUGUUGUUCGAGAAACAGCAACAACAGAUGGAACUGGCCAGACAACAACAGGAGCAGAUCGCGAGGCAGCAACAACAGCUGGUGCAACAGCAGCACAAGAUCAACGUCCUCCAGCAGCAGAUACAGCAAGUCAACCUGCCCUUUGUGAUGAUCCCCGCGUUCCCUCACAGCCCACAGACUCUGCAGGUCACCAGCGACGCUCAACUGGGGCUUCAGUUGCAGCCGGGUCUCAGCUGUAAGCCAAGUGACUUCGGGCUCCAGCUGAUGGGAAGCAGCUCCUCGGCCCAGAGAACGCCCGGCCCCAGCCCUUCCCACACACAGGAAGAGACGUCACAGCCAUUGAACCUGACGGCCAAACCCAGAGUGUCCGAUCACUCCAAGUCUCCGUCGCCCACGCAGGGCAAGCUCCGGACCGCACCCUCGCCCCUAAGCUUCCUGAUCCCAGCGGAACUCCAGACCAGCACACCAUCCUCCCUCCUCGCCAGAGAGUUUAUCAAUAAAGACGUUUUCUGGAGGAAUCAAUGGGGUUAUCCGGUGGAGCAGGAAGCCAUCGGGAAGUCCAUGCAGAGCCCGAAACACAUAUACUCCGGGAAAAGUCGGUUGAUGGAUAGCCCGACGGGAAAUCACAGCAGGAAGGAGAAGGACUCACGGCUGACGGACUCUCCCACCGUCAAGCACGGAGACGACAGGAAAAGCGCGAGCACGCACGAGGAGUUCAACAGCAGCAACGACUCAGAAGGAAACCUGCCGCUGUCGGGAUCCAAGAGCUACGAGUCGCGAGGCGGGGGGCACGAGCACAUCAAGAGGCCGAUGAACGCCUUCAUGGUUUGGGCCAAGGACGAGCGGAGAAAAAUCCUCCAGACGUACCCCGACAUGCACAACUCGAGCAUCAGCAAGAUCCUGGGCUCCCGCUGGAAGUCCAUGUCUAACGUUGAGAAGCAACCGUACUACGAGGAGCAGGCGAGGCUGAGCCGGCAGCACCUGGAGAGAUAUCCCGACUAUAAAUACAAGCCCCGGCCCAAACGCACCUGCAUCGUGGACGGCAAACGGCUGCGGGUCGGCGAGUACAAAGCUCUCAUGAAAUACCGGCGGCAGGAGGUGCAACAGUGCUACUCCGUGGGGCAACAAGACCAGGUUCACAUACACCCUUCGGAGGUGAUGUACCCAGCUCACAUGGGGAUGGCUCCCGUCUCCCUGCAGUCACCCGGCUGUGAGCAAUACCGCACGGGCAGCCCCGACCCCAACAUGCCGGUCAUUCUCAACACCCGCAGCCUCAAGCCCGAGCCAGGAGACACCAAGGACAUCCACCUGAGCGAUGGCAACGGGGAGAUGUACGAGUACGGGGACGAGGAGGAGUCUGACGUGGAAUACAGAAGCGACAGCGAGCUAGUCGUCCUGGCAGAUUGACCGCAGACCCACCCACUCCCCCCCACCGCCCCACCCGGCUCUGUGUGGGCAAGCUGCAGGGCCAACCUUCCCAGUCUAUCCCAUGUCAGUCUAUCCCAUCUUAAACCAAACCCAGCCCAACCCAACCCCACCAAUACUGACUCUUCCCUGCCCGACAUAGUCAAUCCCAUAUCAACCCUACCCAGUCCAUCCCAACCCAAACAAUAUUAACUCAUUUCCGCCCAUCCCAACCCAGUCUAUCCCAUCCCAACCCAUCUCAUCCCAUCUUACCCCACACCCAAGUCCAUCCCAGCCCACCCUAUCACACUCCAGCCCAGGCCAGACCAGGCCACUCUGCAAUCUGGUCCCUAAAAUAAUGAAAUAGUCCUUUACGGAGCAAGAGAACUCUUCCAAAUUCACCGUGUGGGCGCGGGGCAGGGCAAGGGGGAGUCUCAGGUUCUCUGAGCACUGUGGAGUUGCGGUUAGUCUUGAGCUGGCGGAACCUCUGUUAUUCAUCCAAACUUAGAGACACCCCCUGUCCAUCCCAGCCCCAUUGUGAAUCAUACAAGGGCAUUCGCCCCUAUUCCUCUCUAUUGGUGGCUACGCAGACAGACAGACAGACAGGUCCUGGGCUGUGAUGGUUCUCUACACCCUCCUCCCCAACCCCCCCACC